UGCGUCAUCGGCACUUUGUCAAGUCACAGAUCACGAUGGCUGAUGUGGAACUGCCAUGAAACUUGCAACAACCGAUUUCAUCCAAAGUGACUCGGUUCUUUUCAAUCUUGAGUCUGUUUGGGGGUGCUUGAGUCAGGGAUGCGGAGCCGCAGUGUGUGGAGUUGCGAUCGGUGCUGCAAUUAAUCGGAAGUUGAGUUAUUCUUUAUCUCGCAACUGGAGGCGGGUUUAUGGUGCUAUGGGUGUAUAUCGACUCGGAGCGGGUUUGUGGAAAGAGUGUGCUGCAGCACAAAGUUCCUGAGAAUUGACGGGUUCAUGAGAAGUUCAGAAGUUUUUGGGAGUUAAUUGAGAUAAUCCAUAUUCUUCAAGAGAGUCAUGUACGAGGAAGAUCAUAUAGAGACAAAUUCGAAUUACCUUCCUGAAACCGUUUUACGACAUUCAGAACUGGAGAAUCUCACAGACGACAAGGAAAAUAACACGUUGACUCUGGUGGUACUUUUAACCUAGGAAUACCACAGAGCUGGGGACGUAAUAUUUGUAUAGAGCGAGAAAAAUUAACGUUAAUGGGAUCAAGGGUCAAGUGCUGUUAUGCAGGUAACUUUUUGAAAACAGUCAAAUGCUGGAGGAUGGCUAGAGGUGGGGAUUUGACAAAAAAUGCUUUUAAUUCAUCUGAAUUAGAUGUCUCCAACGCAUUCUCCAGCAAUUCUCGACGCUUUCUAACAACUUUCACUAAGAGUUACGAGUCAGACACGGGCGCACAGUUCUCCAAUGCGAAGGUAUCAAGUCUUCCGAAGUAUGUGAAAAUUGUAGAAGUGGGGCCUCGGGACGGGUUGCAGAAUGAAAAGGGGAUUAUUCUUACUUCUGUGAAGAUUCAGCUCAUUCAACGCCUUGUUGCCGCUGGUCUACCUGUUGUCGAGGCCACAAGCUUUGUAUCACCCAAGUGGGUGCCUCAGUUAGCAGAUGCUAAGGAUGUGAUGGCUGGUGUCCGGAAUUUGGAACAAACCAGAUUGCCUGUUUUGGUACCGAACUUAAAGGGUUUCAAGGCAGCAAUUGAGGCGGGGGCACGGGAGGUGGCAAUUUUUGCUGCUGCUUCGGAGUCAUUUGCCAAAGCCAAUACUAACUGCACCGUCGAGGAAAGCAUCAAUCGUUUUCGAGAAGUGUGCGAUGCAGCCAAGAAGCAAAAUAUUUCUGUACGAGGGUAUGUUUCGUGCGUUGUGGGUUGCCCGAUUGAAGGUCCUAUUUCUCCCGACAAAGUAGCCCAUGUGGCGAAGGAGCUUUUGCAGUUGGGCUGCUAUGAAAUUUCAUUGGGUGACACAAUUGGAAUUGGCAACCCUGGAACGGUGAGGCGGAUGCUUCAGGCAGUGAUGCAAGAAGUUCCUGCAUCCAAAUUGGGAGUGCAUUUUCACAAUACCUAUGGACAAGCCCUAGUCAACAUAGUUGUUGCUCUUCAGAUGGGUAUCAAUGUGGUGGAUUCCUCAGUAGCAGGCUUGGGUGGCUGUCCCUAUGCUAAAGGUGCUACAGGCAACGUUGCUACCGAAGAAGUACUUUAUCUACUAGAGGGUCUUGGAAUCAAGACAGGUGUUGAUCUAGCUCAAGUAGAGGAAACUGGGAAAUUUAUUUGUGAACAUAUUGGCCGCGCUUCAGGGGUUAAAGUCGGAAGGUCUAUGAGUAGAACAAAGGGAAUGUCUAAACUUUAGUCAAUCCUAAGUGGUAUGAAUUGGCAAACCGGUUGAAUGAAUCUUGAUAAAGUGCAGCUCUUAUUCAGGCUGAGGAAUUUGGUUGGAGUGAUUAGGUUGGACGAACUUCAUGCCCCCAUAUUGGGCCAUGAACGGGCAGCAUUGAUGCAGGAGGAAAACCGCAGUUAGUGUAAAAUCUAAGGAGCUAAACGCCUAAGUUAUUCUUCAAAUUUGAAAAUUUACGAGGAAAAUGCCAAACUCAUAAUUUAAGAUUGUCUA